AUGAUCCAAAAUAUGCAAGUAAGCACUUCUUCGAUUACUUCAGAUAAUCACUCAGACAUUGAUCUGAUCACUGAAGAUGUUGAAUCUACUACAUCAAGAGCACUGAAAAGGCCUCGUAUAAUUACAUCGAGACAUUCUAAUCAGAGUACUAGCUCACCUUCUGUUAUCAAUAACUCCUCUACACCUUUUCUGACUUCGAUAACAACCACUAAUGUUAAUCCUAAGAUGGUUCAAAUCCAAAAAGACAAAAAUAAAUUGUCAAGUUUAGCCUUGAAUUGUCUUGAAAUGAUUGUUGAAGAUGAUGUUAAAGAUAAGAGAGUCUACACUGAAGAUGUUUCAGAAGAGGAUGAUUUAGAAUGCUCGUGUGAACAGAUAUUAAAGAAAACCAAAAAAAAAAGAGGGUAG